AUGGGCAAUACCAUUGAUUCUGAGGUGAAGCAAGAAGAAAAUAUUCUUGAGCGACCACAGAAAGGUAACGCCAGUGAAUUUUAUUGGGCCUGUCGAAAUGGUGAUAUUGAACGAGUCAAACAAUUAUUAUUAACAAUACCAUAUAAUGAUUUGAAUCGAUUGGAACCAAAUGGAAGUACACAAUUACAUGCAGCAACAUAUUUAGGUCAUACAGAAAUUGUCCGUCUGCUUCUACAACAUCAUGGUGUUCGACGGCACCGACGAAAUCGGCAUGGUCAUACAGCAUAUGAAGAAGCUCAGACAGAUGAUAUGAGACAAAUAUUUCACCGACCAUCAAAUAAGAAUCGAUUUUGUGAUAAUGAAAAUGUUCAAGAGACAUUUCAAGUUGUCAAAUCAGAAGAUCAAGAAUUAUAUACAGAGUCAGAUGAUAAUGUUAAUUACACUGAUUCACCAUGGAUAAAUAAUGUUGGUACAGAAGAUGAAUUGCAUAGGUUAAAAAGAUUGUCCUAUGCAGGUAGUGGGCGAGCAAUUCUCAAAUCAAGUCUAUUUAUGUUUUUGACAAAGAAAUUUAUAUUUAAUUACGAAAGUAUAUUAAAAGAAGCCUGGCCAGCUGAUAUGAUUCAACUAACUAAGUUGUUAUGCGAUAGAGCAUAUCGAGUAAAAGAAAUACAGAAAACGAUUGAAAAAUUUGUUACUCCUUCACAUUCUGAAUAUAAUAAAUGCUGUACAUUAUUAUCAAAAUAUGAGCAAACAGGAAUACUUGAACAUUUAUUAAAACUUUAUACAUUAGAAACACCAUUUUAUAGACAACUAAAAGAGGAUUAUAUCGAUUCUUUAUUAUCUGCUAUAGCAAUGGAUGAUUCUCAAUUAAAAAAACGAUAUUAUAAAGGUCAAGUAUAUCGUGGUGUCUUAAUGACAAAACAAGAUGUAAAUAAUUAUCGUUGGGCUUUAAAAACUAUAGGAAGUCUUAUAUUGACAACUACAUUCUCAUCAACAUCGUUGCAUCGAGAUGUAGCAGAAAAUUUUACUAGUUUGGAAGGUACAUCAGAUAAAAUUAGAGUAUUGACGAUAUGCGAUUUUCCUACCGUAUGUCAGAAAGCAAUAAAUUUGAAUGCAAUACCCAAUCAUCAAUUAUCCUGCAUAUCAGAAUACGAAAAUGAGGCAGGAGUUUUAAUACUUCCAGGAACACCAUUUCGUGUUAAAAACGUUGAAGGAGAUGAACAAUUUACAACAAUAUUAUUGGAAAACGUAUGCAUUGAAAGUUAUUCAUUAUAUGACACCACUAAAUCUCUGUUCAAAGAGUAUGGCCUAUUUAAAACGGACUAG